AUGUCAGAAAUGACAGAAUUCGAUCAUAGCGAUUUAAUUAGACGCAAUGAAUUUCAAAGAGUGAAAUAUCAAGAAAAUUUAAAAACGUGUUGCGCGGAUGGAAUAUUAAGAGAAAAAAUUACUAAAUUAUAUGGUAUUACUACUGACCUUACUACUUUACGAGAAUUAGGAUAUUGUCAUAAAGAUUUUCAUAGUGGAAACAUCUUGCAAGAUGAACGAGAUUCUUACGUUUCAGAUUUCAUAAUUUUGAUGACAAACUUAUUGAACGCAUCGUUAAAAUUAAAACCAAAUAACGAUAUUACAUUAAUGAAACAAUGCUUUGAUCCUAAUCCUUCGAAGCGGCCAACUGUUUUGCAAUUAAUAGAUACGCUUGAAAUUUGGAAUCAAGCUUAUUCUGAUUAA